AGAACUGUACAGCUGCAGAAGCUGCAGAACCUUUUCCUGCAGGCCUGCAGAGCUUACAACGCGUCAUUUGGAACCAGAAACUCCUUUGGGAUUUUUGUAAACUUUCGUUACAAAGAAAAACCAACUGGGAUGUUUCGUAACACCGAGCACAGUCUACCUCGUCUACCUAAGCAAUGAAGCUGCACUUUUCAUACCAGACGCUAGGUGGAGACAAAGACAAAGAAAUUCCUGAAACUUUGGCGAGUCAACAGUUGCUUCUGUGGCCUUACUGCUCUCCCACAAUGCAUUGCCAAAGGCAGUCGUGUAUGUCAAACAGGCCCGUGUAACCACCACUCCAUCUAAUCCACAUUAGAGCAUCCACCUUGGAAGCGUCUGCUCUCUCUGAUCUUCUUCUGCGUCUCAGCUGCCAUGUCUGGCCCUGGAGAUCUCCCAGCCAUUGAGGGCUCUGGAAUGGGGGGGAUGAAGCUUCCCGUGGGAAUGACCCGCCGGGCCCUCAGCUACGACGACAACCUGGAGGCCCCCAUGUCCACCCCCCCGCACGACAUCAGCAUCAACAACCUGUGGAGACGCCCCGUCAUUCCAGAGAGGAAGUUCUCCCAGCUGGCAGAGGAGGUCGAGAGCGGCCCGGUUAGAGAGUCAGCGGUGCCGGACACCGCCUCCUUCAAGGUUCCAGGAGCAGUGAAGACCAAGGCCUCCUCCAUCAUCAUGAAUUCUCUCAUCACCAAACACACCCACGAAAGCAUGUCCAAGUUUGAGCAGAGGGCGGGGCUUACUGACACCAGCUACACCCCCCACAAAGGCCUCACGGCCGAGGAAACCCGGCACCACCACCGCAUGCCCGAGGCCCUGCAGAAGCUGCAGAUCCAGAACCUGGACGUCAGGGAGGAGAAGAGCUCGUCCGCUCAGUCCACGCCGUCAAACACGCCUCACAGCUCUCCCAAAGCGCAGCGCAGGGGCUGGUUCAGCAGCACCGGCUCAGAGGUCAGCCUCAGCUCCUCCAACAGCAGCGUGGACAUGGGGGGGCUGGACCCGGCCGCAGGAGGAGGAGCCGGCGGCGCGGUGGAACGCUGGAGCGUGUUCGGACCUCGACCGCUAGUUCAGCAUUCAGCCUCUGACCUGGGAUCAGACGGCAGCGCUGCAGCAGGCUUUGCGCUGCAGGCGUACCGCGGAGCCCAGAAGCCGACGCCCAUGGAGGUGAUGAAGUCGCAGGCGGCUCGUCUGACUGACGACCCUCAGAAGGUGUCCCCCCCCAAGAUGGAGAUCCCCACGGUGGAGGGCCGGCGGCAGGGGGCGCGUCCGCACAAGCUCAAGCACCGAGACAUGAACAUCCUGACGCCAUCGGGCUUCUGAGGGGGGGGGGCACCCGUAACUUCGUUGUGACCCCGCCCACCUCUGCUUCCUUCAAUCGGUGUUCUGGUUCUGUAGCUGUCUGGAUAUGGACCCCCUUUAGCUCCAAAACAUCCGUCUUUGCUUCUUUUCAAUCACAAUGUUGAAAGGCCUAGUGGUGACAAAGGCAGACUCCGCCCCCCACUCUCACCUGGACGGUAGACCACGCCCCCAGCUCUCACCUUAAAGGCAGACUCCGCCCCCCUCUCUCACCUGGAUGGUAGACCCCACCCCCAGCUCUCACCUGAAAGGCAGACUCCGCCCCCACUCUCACCUGGAUGGUAGACCCCACCCCCAGCUCUCACCUGAAAGGCAGACUCCGCCCCCACUCUCACCUGGACGGUAGACCCCGCCCCCAGCUCUCACCUGAAAGGCAUACCCUGCCCCCAGCUCUCACCUGGACCUGACCUGUGAGCUCUGAUCCUCGUUUACUGGCAGCUAUAACCAGCGGCAGGUCCCACAGUCAUGUCCCACAGUUCUCCUGCAGGUCUUGGUGUUUGUGUUCCUAAAGGGUCACAGUCCGCUCUGGCGGUUUGUCGGUCCGUGGACUUUGUGGUAUUGACGUCUGCGUGUUUGCUGAGCUCAUCGGGAGGCAGGAAGGACAUUUCAUCUGAGCCUCUGCUGCUCUUCAUCCUUCAGGUUGACGGGAGCCCACCCCCACCCCCCUCUCCACCCACAUUCCCAUCACUUCUGGAGGUCCAUCCGCUGGUUCCGACAGAUCCCGCGUCAGAAGCACUUUAUCCCCUCCUUCAGAACGCAGGAAACGUUCUUCUGAAGACUCCAGAGGACUCACCUGCUCCAGCUGGGUAUAAACCAAAUGAGUAGAACAGGCAUAUUCCAUAUUCAUUGUGAAGGCGUCUCAGGAAAAGCUCCUGAUCACUGAAGUUCGGUCUGUUUCUUGGAUUUUUCUUUGGGUUUUUGUUCUCAUUCCACGUGGGGCUCAGCAGAAGAAACCACAGCUCCAUCAAACGAUGGCCGAUGUUUCCUGCAGCCCUCUGUCAAAAACGCGUCUUAUUCUGAAAGGACGCAGCAGAAUUCAGACUUUCAGCGGAAUGUUCAGAAGCGCAUGCAGCUCGCCGUUACGCAUCUCGCCGUUACGGUUCGCCCUUGUCUGUCUGAUGAAGGAACCGUGUCACAUGUCCUUCUGCAGCCGCUCGGUUCCUUUACUGUCAGUCAGUGUUGGAUGUUUGUGUUGAUGUUUUUCUCACAGCAGUACGACACGCUCCCCGUGACCUCUGACCCCCCUUUGACCGCCGUUGUACUGACUGAACCUCCCACUCUCUGUGACGACUUUGUAGACUGUAAAGUUCUUUUUUUGUUUGUUUUUGCCAGAACGACGUGAGAAUAAAAGUCCGAUUCUCAACAGAAA